AUGGUUUGGUGCUGCCCGGGUCUUUUGGUGCUGGCGAGCUUCGAUAGGAGGUCAGCUCGGGUGUUUUGCUCUCGUGGGUCUAAGCCGCCAGGCCGCGGUGACAAGCGCCAACGCCAGCUUCUCGAUCAUUUGAUACCUCCUCUCUGCGUCUUGGAGGACUUUGCUGAUGAAGUAAAUAGGUGUCUGUACCUUCUGGUACUCUUGCACGAUCACUGCGCUGAUGGCGUUUUCCGCUACAGCCAAGUAGAGGAGGAGGUGAAAGAUGAGGUCGGUGAAAGGUGCCAGCCCUCUCUUCCUCCGCGUACAAAUCGCCAAUACGCACGGCGCCUGAAUUCAUCAGCGUGGGCCUUCCACUGCACGAGUAAAGCUAGAAUUCUGACCUGUAUUCCUGGGAUUAUACAUUAUAAUGAUACUAAGAUUCAGUUACUUGAUCUUCCUGGAAUUAUUGAAGGUGCUUCUGAAGGCAAGGGACGUGGGAGGCAGUAUUCUUCAACUUGCAGGAAUCUUACGAGGACCAGUUAUAUUCCUUAUAAAGGUGAAUAUGAAGAACCACCACCAAAGACAGAAGCAACAAGGCUACCACAGGGAACCACAGUUACAGGUGGGCCUGGGAUGCAAGCUGUUUUCUUAGUCUCUGGGCAAGGAUCAUGUGGCACUGGAGUUUCCUUACCCCAAAAAGCAGGCACAAAACCAACUAGGAAGCCAGGAAAAGCUGGUGGCAAAGAAAAAAGUGACGAUGAGAUGCAAGGUGAAGAAGAUGAAGAAGAUAGUGACGAUGAAGAAGAUCAAGAUGGAGAACAUCAAGAGGAUAGUGAAGACGAAGAUCAAGAACUUGAUUAGUCUCAUAGUCUUAUCUUAUGGUGGUGUAGUAUUCAGGUUGUGAUAGAUCGAUACGGAAUUAAAAGCUGCCAUUGGAAAUUUUUCAUAUGAAGCAUUCAGUGGUUGGGCUGUACAAUUCACAUUUGUUAAAAUACAUAAAUUUAGAGUAAUCAAAUGAUGUUGAGUGUGA